UGUCAAUGUCAUCGGCAAUAAAUGAUAAUUGAUAACAACACGUGUGUUUAAAUUUAAACAUAACUUAAAUAAAAUACAAUUGAAUGUGGAAUAACAUACAAAAUGAGUCAAAAGAAAGUCCUACAAAAACCUUCACUAUCAUAUACCAGUCACCCUGACUAUCGGAGACCUCCAAAAAUAGCAAAUCCGUAUCUACAAUGUCUCGGAACACCGCACAUAGAUUCAUUCAAUUAUAUGUUACAAGAAGGCCUAAAAACUGCACUCGCGGACUUAAUACCAGCAGAAUUUGAGUUACCAAGUGGUGAAAAGAUAAAAAUAACGAUAGACGAAGCUGCCUUCGCUAAACCAAGUGUGCCUAUGGACGUUGUUGGUGUUAAAACACAAAGAGUUCUGCCUACAGAAUGUAGACAAAGAGCUGCAACAUACAAGGGUGAUUUUAAAAUAAGAAUGACUUUUAACGUUGAUAAUAAAUCUAUAACCAUUGAUAGAUCUCUCGGAAGUCUGCCUGUUAUGUUAAAGUCAAAAAUCUGCCAUUUAUCUGACAUGUCUCCUGAAGAAUUGGUGCAGCACAAUGAGCAUGCUGAUGAGUGGGGAGGAUAUUUUGUUAUAAAGGGUCAUGAGAGGUUAGCACGUAUGUUGCUGGUCACACGACGUAAUUAUCCAGUGGCAAUCAAGCGUUCAGGUUGGAGGAUGAGAGGGAAUCUGUUUUCCGACUAUGGUGUCCUAGUGAGAUGUGUUACUGCGGAUCAGACAAGUACUAACAAUGUGUUACAUUUCCUACAGAAUGGUACGUGUAAGUUAAUGUUUUCUCAUAGAAAGAUGAUGUACUAUGCUCCGGUGUUACUUAUUAUGAAAUGUCUGGUUGACUUUCCCGAUCACUAUAUAUACAGAUUGUUAUUACAUGGAAAGAAAGAUGAUUUGUACUAUGUCAAUUGCAUGCAAAAUAUACUCAGAGAAUUACACGAAGAAGGUCUCCAUAACUCGGAGGAAUGUAGAGCAUAUCUCGGCAAGAUGUUCAGACCCAAACUCUCAGAGUUACCUCCCUGGGCCUCCGAUAUGGAGGCUGCGGACUUCCUGCUGAAGAGAUGUGUUUUAAUACAUCUUAGUGAUUAUAAGAGUAAAUUCUACGCUCUAGUGUAUAUGAUACAGAAGUUAUAUGACGUAGUUCAGAACAAAUGCAAGGUGGAAGGCGCAGAUUCAGUAAUGGUACAAGAAUUACAAGUUGGAGGUCAUUUAUACCUGCAGGUACUAAAAGAGAGGCUACAGAUGUUGUUAUACGUCAUCAAAGCUAAUAUCUUAAAACGUGUUAAAUCACCUAAGAAAUUCGUCUGGUCUACGAAUGAAAUCCAGAACAUAGUAAAAAUGGCGGGUACGUUGGAACAACGUAUGGAAACCUUCCUCGCGACAGGAAAUGCGCCCUCAAACAACGUUACCCUCGCGCAGUACAAGGGUCUCACUAUUGUGGCUGAGAAUAUUAACAGGAUGCGAUAUAUGUCACACUUUAAAGCGAUCCAUCGAGGAUCAUUCUUUAUGGAGAUGCGUACAACAGAAGCUCGUCAGCUGUUGCCUGAUGCUUGGGGCUUCGUGUGUCCAGUUCACACGCCUGAUGGAGCGCCUUGCGGACUUCUCAACCAUCUCACUGUCUCCGCACAGGUAACACAACAUCCUGAUCCUAAAUUAUUAAAUUCUCUGCCGUUUGUGUUGGAGAAAUGUGGUAUGCAACCAAUCAGUUCAGUAUCACAAACUCCGUUAUCACAAGAUGUAUACAAGUAUCCAGUGUUUAUCGACGGUCGGCUAGUGGGCUACUUCUCCGAAGAUACAGUGGACAGAUCAACCGCUUAUUUACGUACCUUGAAAAUAAAGGGAGAAGAAAUGCCUAUUACUACGGAAAUCGUUGUCAUACCGAAGAAAGAGAUAUGUUCGCAAUACGCGGGCGUUUUCCUGUUCACAACAGAAGCUCGUAUGAUGAGGCCCGUCAUCAACCUGAGCAGUGGUCAGCUCGAGCUGAUCGGCACCAUGGAGCAGGUCUACCUGGACAUCGCUGUCACCCAGCAGGAGAUUUACAAAGGCAGGACAACACAUUUAGAGCUGUCUAAAUCAGCUUUCAUGAGCAACUUGGCACAAUUAGUUCCUAUGCCCGACUGCAAUCAGUCGCCGCGUAACAUGUACCAGUGUCAGAUGGGUAAACAGACAAUGGGUACGCCUAUUCAUACAUGGGGAACCAAUGCGGAGACCAAGUUAUACCGGUUGCAGACACCAGCCACACCACUCUUCCGACCCACGCACUAUGAUAACAUAGGACUGGAUGACUACCCGUGUGGUACUAAUGCUAUUGUUGCGGUCAUCUCUUAUACUGGUUACGAUAUGGAAGAUGCGAUGAUAAUAAACAAAUCAGCGUACGAGCGUGGUUUUGCAGCGGGUUUUGUGUACAAAUCUGAUUUUGUCGAGUUGAAGCACUCGUCUUCGUAUUUCUGGCGUGACCCGGCUCGCCCCGAGCUGGCAACACAUAUAGAUGAAGAUGGUCUGCCAGCUGUAGGUGCUCGGGUACAGCCUGAAGAUCCUCUGUACUGUUUCUACGAUGGCGAGAAGAGUCAGUUUGUUGUGAGCAAAUAUCACGGCAAAGAAGAAGUUGUAGUAGACAGCGUGCGUCUCUGCGGAGACUUUUCUGCUCGUGCGCCGAGGAAAGCUUGCAUCAUGCUUAGAAUACAGCGUAACCCAACAGUGGGUGAUAAGUUUGCUUCUCGCGCGGGUCAGAAGGGCAUCUGUUCUCAGCUGUGGCCCGCCGAGGAUUUGCCCUUCUCAGAGUCGGGUCUUAUCCCCGAUAUUCUGUUCAAUCCUCACGGCUUCCCUUCUCGGAUGACCAUCGCUAUGAUGAUUGAAUGUAUGGCGGGGAAAGCUGCCAGUUUACAUGGACAUGUACAUGACGCGACGCCAUUCCGUUUCAAUGAACAAGAUACAGCGAUAGAGCACUUUGGUCGGUUGUUAUCUGCUGCUGGUUACCAGCAUCACGGUACAGAGCGUCUCUACAGCGGUGUUGAUGGCCGCGAGAUGCAAGCUGAUAUAUUCUUUGGUGUGAUACAUUACCAGAGGUUGCGGCACAUGGUGUCAGAUAAGUGGCAGGUUCGUACAACCGGUGCAGUAGACACACUUACCCGACAACCUGUGAAAGGAAGAAGACGAGGUGGUGGUGUGAGACUGGGGGAGAUGGAGAGAGACGCGCUCAUCUCACACGGAGCAGCAUUCCUGCUGCAGGACAGGCUCUUCGACUGUUCAGACAAGAGCGAGGCUGUAAUGUGCACGAAAUGCGGCACAUUACUGGGCCCAGUGCUCAGUAAAGGUGACAGCAACAAUGACACUUGUCGUCUUUGUGGUCAGGGCAAGUUUGUGUCUGUCUAUAUCCCGUACAUCUUCAAGUUCUUUGUGACUCAGCUCGCCGCUGUCAAUAUUAACGUCAGAAUUAAUUGUAACGGCAGCUUUGCUAUUAAAAGUUGUUGA